AUGUCUAGUGCUAAAGUGAAUGAAGACUUGGAUAGAGAAAGGAAAAAAUGCGUCUUUAAUAUAGAAGAGUUGACGAAUUUCUUGGAUGGUGGAUCGGAAUCGACUAGGAGAAGGCGCGAAACUGAAAAUAAAAUACUCAGUAUUAAGGGCAUCAGAGACGUGGUCCCUGAAGAGUACCUUAGUCAUAAGGAACGAUAUGAGAAUGCGAUAAGGAAGGCGGUGCUGUACUAUAGAGCAGCAAAGCAGAUGGAGGAUUCUACUAAAAGCGUCUUCGAAAACUUUAGAAUGAAUUUCCGAAACUCGAUAAUGUGGGCUGUGUUCAAAGACAACAGUCCAUUCGGCUUGCAUUACGCUAUGUUCCUGCCGACUAUAGAGGGCCAAGCUGAUGACAAACAGAAAGAGUAUUGGCUGAAGAGGGCGAACAACUUAGAAAUAAUCGGAACAUAUGCUCAGACCGAGCUUGGUCAUGGUACGUUCAUUCGAGGCCUGGAGACUACCGCCACCUAUGAUGCAGAGACAGAGGAGUUCAUCUUGCACAGUCCCACUCUCACGGCUUACAAGUGGUGGCCUGGAAAUUUGGGACAAACAGUAAAUUACUGCAUCGUGAUAGCGCAACUCAUAAUCAAUGGGAAGAAUUAUGGAACCCAACCUUUUAUGGUGCAGGUGCGUGAUGAAGAGACUCACGCGCCUUUGCCAGGGAUCAAGAUAGGGGAGAUCGGACCCAAGCUCGGGUUCAACACAGUCAAUAAUGGAUUCUUAGGCUUUGAUCAUCACAGAAUACCUAGAGAUCGAAUGCUCAUGAAGAACACGCAGGUCCUGAAGGACGGCACUGUCGUGGCGUCUCCGAAUAGCAAGCUGGCAUACUUCACGAUGGUGUUCGUCAGAGUAACGAUUGUGAUGAACUCUGCCAACACCAUGGCGAGAGCUGCCACUGUGGCCAUCAGAUACUCCGCCAUCAGGAGGCAGUCGAAGAUCAGGCCUGGAGAACCCGAACCCCAGAUCUUAGAUUUUGUAUCUCAGCAGCACAAACUGUUGAUUGGCAUCGCUUCCUACUAUGCCUUUAGCAUGACGGCCAUGUGGUUGUGGGACAUCUUCGCAAAGUUUACCUCGGAGUUAGCUGCGGGGAAACUAAAUCAAUUACCAGAGCUCCAUGCAUUGUCGUGCUGCCUGAAGGCACUUAGCUCCAGCGACUGCGCAGCGCUGGUGGAGCGAUUCCGUCAGGCAUGCGGUGGCCACGGCUACCUCCUGUCUUCCAACCUCCCGCAGCUAUACGGCCUCGCAACUGCCGCCUGCACCUAUGAGGGAGAGAACACUGUUAUGUACCUACAGACCGCUAGGUCACUGGCAAAAGCCUGGCGGCAGGCGAACGAGGGCAAAGAUCUAUUCGAUACUAUGGGUUACCUGGCAGAUAAGAGUUCCAUGAAACAAUGGGAUGGCUCCCUCGGCUGCAUCGUUACAGGUUUCCAGAAAGUCGCUGCUGGAAAAUUGGCUACAAGUAUGCAGAACUUUGAUAAAUAUCGGAAAUCUGGGUUGUCCUAUGAAGAUGCUUGGAAUAAAUGUUCAGUCCAACUUAUCGGAGCGGCUGAGGCACACGGUCGAGCCAUAAUUAUGAAGAUGUUCAGAAGUGAGGUGGAGAGGACUGUCCCUGCGCUGUCGAACCAACUACAGACUGUGAUAAGACAGCUUGUGCAGUUGUACUUCUACUACUGGACCAUUGAGAAGCUGGGAGACUUGUUGUUGUACACGCCCAUUACACAGAAGGACGUUAAUGACAUACAGCGCAAGUACGAAGAUGUGCUGGAAGCUCUACGACCGAAUGCAGUCGGCCUCGUUGACGCAUUCGACUUCAGGGAUGAGGUACUCCAUUCGACCCUGGGGUCGUACGAUGGUCGCGUGUACGAGCGUCUGAUGGAGGAAGCCCUCAAGAGCCCCCUGAACCAGGAGCCCGUCAACCAGAGCUUCCACAAAUACCUCAAGCCCUUCAUGCAAGGGAAACUGUAA